AAUACUGUAGUACCCUCGCUUUUGCAUUCUUGUCGUGAACAGUAUGCGCGAAACAUUGACGCUUCAGUUUGGCAGUGCAAGCAAUCAACUGGCGGAUAAGCUAUGGCACAGCGUCCUAAGCGAACUCAACGCCGACAAGUCCAGCAUUACCACUGACGGCGCACGGGAUUCGUCGAUGACGUAUCGUAACGGACGCUACACGCCACGCGCGGUGUCGUUUUGCAGUAAGGGUGGCUUGUCCAAGGCCAAACCAAGGAGCGUAGACACCGCGUCCAGCGCUUGGGAUGGAAACGUGCAAGUGAUUUCUCAAGAUUCCGAAGAUGCUCAAGCAGUUGCGACGCCGCUUCCAUCGCGGGCCAUCGUCGAAGUCAACGAGUUUCGGCAUUUCGACCCGCUGAACAAUUUCUACGACGGGGUCCUUGGCUUGGACGCAAAAGUUCGACGAGAAACGAUGGAUACAGCGCACGAUGUCAUCCGUGCUGCGCUGGAAGCGUGCGAUUCGCUCCAGGGAGUGCAAUGCAUCGUCGACGUCGACUCAACGUGGGGUGGGUUUGCGUCCGAAGUGUUGCGAGGGUUUCGCGAAGAGUGCCCGUCUGCGUUUGUGUCUGUUCUCGGUCUCGACACGAGGUACCCCGUGGCCUCGCAAGCCGACUUCUUCGAUCUGUCCAAGCAGAGCGGUCGGCGAUCCAUCAACUUGGCCUCGUCCGUUUUGAUUCUCAACGAACUGAGCUCGCUCUUCAUCCCGUUCAGCCCCCACACUUUCGACGCCGGCGCCGUCGCGUGGAAUUGCCUGUCGUCCGUGUAUCGAUGGCGCGGCUCCGCUUCCACGCAGGACCUACUGUUCCGUCCGAACGCGACCGUGAUGCAGCUCAGUUGUUCGCUCGUACCCCCCGCCACCCUCUUCGCCAUGCCACCCCUCGACCGAGUGGCCCACUGGGACCAGUUGUCCAGCUUUCCCGUGAUCCAAGACUGCGAUGACACCACCCUCCGCAAGUUUCGGUUUCAGUUUCUUGCCGUUCGAGGUCUCCCCCACUACUCAUUUGAUCGAUUGGCCGGCCAACCAUUUGACCAUUGGCGCUCCACCGUCGUGGCUAAGCCGCUGUUCGACCAGUCGUCUCAUCCAGUGGAUGGUGGGGCGGUGGCGUCGCUAAGUAUCACGGACAGAGUGCCCAAGUACCUCAUGGCGCUGGCCACCGGCGUCAAGCACGUCGACCCCCGCGUCGUGCACGAGUUCACGCAGGCGGGUAUGACCUGCGACGGGAUUCGAGAUCUCCACGAUGACCUCAUGAGUUUGAGCGACUCGGUCUUGUAAAGUAGUACCAAGUAUAGUAGAGACAACGUUGAACAAAUGAGAAAGUAGGGUAACUAGUACAUAUACUAGUUGACAGGAAA